AUGGCGUGCGUUACGAGCAAUGGGGUCGUCUCAGAGGCAUUCGCAGUGACCAAAGACGUGAGGCAGGGCUACGUCCUCGCGCCUACCCUCUUCAGUCUCAUGUUCCCUGCCAUGCUAAUGGACGCCUAUCAUGGCGAACGCCCCCGGAUCCGCGUCGCUUACAGGACGGGCGGUCAACUCUUCAAUCAGUGGCGGAUGCACUUCCAGUCGCGUGUAUCCGCAACUUUCGUCCAUGGACUUAUCUUCGCCGACGAUUGCGCUCUCAAAGCCACAACAGAGGGGAAUAAGAAAAUGAGCAUGGAUCUCUUUGCCGCCGCCUGCGACAACUUCGGCUUGAUCAUAAACACGGAGAAAAUGGUGGCCAUGCUCAAGCCGUCACCUAACGCGGAUUACAGUGCAUUUCACGCCAACGCCAACUGCAAGCUGUGGGCACUUUCACUCACCUGA